GCGGGAUGCAGGACGGUGUUGGCCCCAGGCUAAUACUCGAGCUUGGGCCCUGUCAAAGGCGGAGGUGGUACCCGUAAAGACUUUAAUUUAGAUGUGACAAGUACAGCUGUAAACAAGAACCAUGGCAUCUGAACUAGAAAACCUAAAUCCAAGUGCCAGGAUAAUGACAUUCCACCCAACUAUGGAAGAGUUCAAAAACUUCAGCCGUUAUAUUGCAUACAUAGAGUCCCAAGGAGCUCAUAGAGCUGGACUGGCAAAGGUUGUUCCUCCUAAGGAAUGGAAACCACGCAGAUGGUAUGAUGAUAUUGAUGAUCUGAGCAUUCCUGCUCCCAUUCAGCAAGUUGUCACUGGCCAGUCAGGCCUCUUCACACAGUAUAACAUCCAGAAGAAAGCUAUGACUGUUCGUGAGUUCAGGAGGAUAGCAAACAGUGAUAAGUACUGCACACCUCGGUAUACUGAUUUUGAAGACCUUGAACGCAAGUACUGGAAGAACCUCACAUUUAACGCUCCAAUCUAUGGUGCAGAUGUUAAUGGAACACUGUAUGACAAGAAUAUAGAGGAGUGGAAUAUUGGCCAUCUGAAUACAAUUUUGGAUAUAGUGGAGAAUGAAAGUGGUAUUACCAUUGAGGGGGUAAAUACACCUUAUCUCUACUUCGGCAUGUGGAAAACUUCCUUUGCCUGGCACACUGAGGACAUGGACCUCUACAGCAUCAACUACCUGCAUUUCGGGGAACCCAAGUCAUGGUAUUCCGUUCCUCCAGAGCAUGGGAAGCGUCUGGAACGUCUUGCUAAAGGUUUCUUUCCUGGAAGUGCCCAGAGCUGUGAAGCUUUCCUCCGUCACAAGAUGACCCUGAUCUCUCCAUCAAUAUUAAAGAAAUAUGGAAUUCCAUUUGAUAAGGUGACCCAAGAAGCUGGUGAAUUCAUGAUAACUUUUCCUUAUGGAUACCAUGCUGGUUUUAAUCAUGGCUUCAACUGUGCUGAAUCUACUAAUUUUGCCACACUUCGGUGGAUUGAGUAUGGAAAGCAAUCUGUUCUAUGCUCAUGCCGAAAGGACAUGGUCAAAAUCUCCAUGGAUGUCUUUGUGAGGAAGUACCAGCCAGAUCGCUACAAACUGUGGAAAGCAGGGAAAGAUGUGACAGCCAUUGACCAUACCCUUCCAACACCAGAGGCAGCUGAAUACUUCAAGGGAGAACUUCUCCAGAAAGUUCAGAACAAGAAGCAAUGUCCAGAGGAAAAUGAACCAGAGGAGGAAUGCAAAGCAGAUGGAGAUACGGAGAAGAGGAGUGUGCCCAAGCACCGCAUCGGAACCAAACGGCACCGGGUCUGCUUGGAGGUUCCUCACGAGGUGAGCCAAAGUGAGGCCUUUCCCAAAGAGGAGCUGGGUCCUGUGCAGUUUGAGAUGGAAGUGGCAGAGUCUCCAGUUGGACCAGCUAGAGAGCCUGUACCACAAGGUGACCAAGGGCUUGCACCCCCAGAAUAUUCAGAUUCCUCAGAAGUAAAAUUUGAAGAACUGAAAAAUGUCAAACUAGAUGAGGAGGAGGAAGAGCCAGAAGCAGCUGUUCUGGAUCUUUCAAUUUCACAUUCUGUGACUUCAGCCAUGAAACAGUGCUCAGGUUCCAGCCUUCAGUCUGGCUCUCCACUAUGCUCGGGUUCUUCAGAUUCUGAAUCCUCUGACCUCCCCAGGCAUGCUCUUGAGCAAGCCGAGGUGCUCACUGUGCACAGUUACGCUAAAGAAGAAGUCAAUGGCAUGGACGAUGAGCGGCCCUCUGGAAAGAAAGCCAGUGCUACAGCCAGUGUGAAUGAGCAGGAGCUUGCAAAAAUGGCAAAGGAGUACAUAAGAUCAGUUAAAGAUCGUAAGAAGUCAAAAGGACGUCGUCAGCCCUUGAGCAAACUCCCUCGUCAUCACCCGCUGCUGGUUAAAGAUGGUCUCAGUGAUGAUGAGAUGUCAGAGCAGCUGGCAGCAGAAGAAGACAUGGAGGAGACAGAAGCAUGGGCAAAGCCCCUCAGCCAGCUGUGGCAAAAUCGCCCUCCAAACUUUGAGGCAGAAAAGGAGUAUAACACCACCAUGGCUCAGCAGGCCCCCUAUUGUGCAGUCUGCAUGCUCUUCCAAACCUACCAGGCAGAUUGUGGAGGCCAGAGCUCACAGGCAGUUCAAGAUGCUACUGAUGGAAAGAUGAGAACUAAACCCCUGAUUCCUGAGAUGUGCUUUACUACCACUGGUUGCAGUACAGAUGUCAGCCUCUCCACCCCUUAUUUAGAGGAAGAUGGCACCAGUCUUCUGGUCACCUGCAAGCGCUGUCGGGUCCGCGUACAUGCCAGUUGUUAUGGCGUAGCCCCUGCAAAGGCAACGGAGGACUGGAAGUGCUCUAGAUGCAAAGCUAAUGCUUUAGAAGAGGAUUGCUGUUUGUGCUCACUUCGAGGAGGUGCACUUCAAAAAGCAAAUGACAACAAGUGGGUCCACGUUAUGUGUGCCGUGGCAGUUCUGGAGGCCAAAUUUGUGAACAUUGCAGAGCGCAGUCCAGUGGAUGUCAGCAAAAUACCACUGCAACGCUUCCGGCUGAAAUGUGUCUUCUGCAAGAAGCGGCGGAAGAGAAUUGCUGGCUGUUGUGUGCAGUGCUCUCAUGGUCGCUGUCCUACAUCCUUCCAUGUCAGUUGUGCUCAGGCAGCUGGUGUCAUGAUGCAGCCAGAUGACUGGCCUUUUGUGGUCUUCAUUACUUGCUUCAGGCAUAAGAUCCCAUCCCAGGCGGAGCGAGCCAAGGCUGCUCUACAGGAUCUUGCCGUAGGGCAGGCAGUGAUUAGCAAGCACAAGAACGGGCGUUUCUACCAAUGUGAAGUGAUCAAUCUGACCAAGGAAACCUUUUAUGAGGUCAACUUUGAUGACGGCUCCUUCAGUGAUAAUCUAUACCCAGAAGACAUUGUGAGUCGAGAUUGCCUCCAGCUGGGUCCCCCAGCCGGAGGAGAAAUUGUUCAAGUGAGAUGGACGGAUGGUCAGGUCUAUGGAGCUACAUUUGUGGCCUCACAUGUCAUCCAGAUGUACCAGGUGGAGUUUGAAGAUGGAUCCCAAUUGAUGGCUAAGAGGGAUGAUGUGUACACACUUAAUGAAGAACUUCCCAAGAGGGUCAAGUCAAGGCUGUCUGUUGCCUCUGACAUGCGCUUCACAGAGAUCUUCACGGAGAAGGAGGUCAAACAAGAGAGAAAAAGACAAAGGGUGAUAAACUCACGCUACCGUGAGGAUUACAUCGAGCCUGCACUCUACCGGGCCAUUAUGGAAUAGGAGCUAGCAGCAGGAUUGCAGUGAUCACCUCUAGGUGGAUCCUAGCAUUCCACCACAGCAGAGGCCAAACAGACAGUCUUCACAUCCAGGUUUUUUAAAAAUGAGAUAAACUGACCUGAUUCUGCAGCACCUUGAAGGUAGUUGUCAAAUAAUGGAAUGGAUUUGGCUUUCCUGGCAGACUCCAAGUCUAGAAUUUGGGAGCACUUCUCUGACUUCCUGAACCAGUUGGCUCACACCAAUUUGAUGGCUUCAUCUUUGGCAGCGAGUUUCUUUAUGCAGUACAAACUGUUCUCUGCCAGAGGCAAAUCUUAAUACCACCCCAGGGAACAACCCAGACAGCUGCAGUGCUACGGAUGAAACCCACCCGCCUCAUCCCACCCCAACACUUUCUCCUGGAUUAAAUGUCUGGUGCUGGGAAUGUUUCCUAGCUCACCAUCCCUGCGCAAAGCUGGUGAUGUUACUGGUGCUUGACAGUGAAUUCCUUUUUAUAUUUAUAACCCUGUUUUUGUCAUGAGCACGCAUUUUUUCAGCAUCACCUCUGAGACAGAGCCAAGUGAGCUGAAGAAGGGAGAGCGAAACUGAUAAGCUCUCUUUAGUCCCAACUUCUUGAACCUUUGAUUAAGCUUUUGUCCCUAUUUUAUAUUCAGAGACUUAUUUACUCAUGCGUUUAAUUGUAAUAGUAUGUGCCUAUGUAAUAGGAAACGGUUUGGAGCCAUUUAGCGCCGUGCAUUCCUCAGGCAAGAGAAUCCUGGAAAGUACCCCUCAUAAAGGCAAUAAGGACUGCAGGGAUUCCAGGAACCUAUUCCUCCUGGGAAGGCAACAAGUUGGGCCCAGGUAUGCAGCAAAGACGCCUUGGAUAAUGAUCGUAGUUUCAUCUCUCUGACAGUGGUUCCAGUAUGUGGGGUAUCUGAAUCCAACUAGAGUAUUCAUAAAAUUCUGUCAAAGCUCAGCAUUACUGGGAACUACGUUUAGAAGCAUUGUGCUGCUCCCCACCCUCUCCAAACUGUGCCAGUAAUAGCAGCAAGGCAUUUGUGUGUUGGGAAAGGUCAAAUGUUAUAAUUUCAAGAGGGACACUGCUUCCUUGCUGUACAGCCAUGGCAGAAAUAUCCAUUCAGAUGUGUUCCAGAAAAAGUCCAAAGCUGUUACUUUAGCUAUAAAUGUGGUCAUGUAAUCUGUGGCCAUAAACAUGCCCAGACCAUUUGAUCAUGGAAGAUAAUUGUACCCUUGCAUUUGCUGAUUGCUGUGGCAAAGGUUUUGGUGCCCCUAACCUCUGCUUAGCUGUUUUCCUUGCUGCACAAGGAUUCUAAAUAGCAUAUUUGUAGGGGUGAGAUACCUUGUCACACAACAGACUAUUGGAGGGGAAGUAAGACCACUGCUUCUAGAUUUGUUAUGCAGUAUGAAUUACAGUUUUUUAUGCUAUUCAGUUUGUCCUAAAUUUGACCAAAUUGCUCUUCAGCCUGCUGACACAGAAGAUUUUAAGGGCUUUUCUUAGCUCUCAUUGCCCUCUAUUAGUUGGAAUCCUGGGUGCGUUGUAGGCAGCCCAAAACAGAUGGGGAGAUGCAAAUCUUGGUAGCCAGUAUUGACCUGUUGUGUAUUAUUGUACAGUUUGAGCACAUCAGUCUCUCUAGCACAGUCUCUUUCCCACCUAGUGCCCUCCAGAUGUUUUGGACUUCAAUUCCUAUCAGUCCCAGUCAGCAUAACUAGAGGUCAGGAAUGCUGAGAGUUGUAGUCAAAAACAUCUGGAGGGUACCGUGUUGUUGAAGACUGCUGUAACAGUUGGAUCUCUUCAGAAGCACACUGUAUAUGGGAACUUCUUUUAAAAAUACUAUGUGCAGCUGAACACGCAUCUGACAAAGUGGGCAUAUUUUGGGGGGCACUUUAGUGUUAGGCAAAAGCCAAUAUACUCCAUCAGUAUUCCUCAGAUUCCCUCAGGUAUGUUCUUAUUGAUAAUCAGAGACCUCUAUAUCUCCCUCCCUGGAAACUCUCUGCUCUCCCAGCUGGCAUUUCCUGCAUCCUGAGUCAGGAAGGAUUGUGUUUGCUUGGACUUUUUGCGCAACAACAUUCAGCUGUGAAACAUGAUAUAUGUUGAAAUCCUUCUGUUGGUCUGUUUUUGUGUGGCUCACCUGUCGGUAUGCUUCAGAUCCAGGAAUGGGCUUUCCUGCAUCAAUACUGAAACUGAAUCAUGACCAUAAAAAUCAAAUUGCCAAAUGCCGGAGACUUUUCCUUAUGCUUUUGUCCUAAAAUGUCUUUGAAUGGAAAAUGAAAUCAAGAAGGCAUAUAUCACCAGAUUGAAAUGUUGUUGAACUGUAGCUAUACUGUGGUUCAGGGCCUGAGAUUUUUUUAUGAAUUCAUAUCAGGACUUGAGUACAUCAGUAUGUCACUGGAAAUGGUUUUUUCUGUUCCAGAAUGUGGGGAAACGUGAUAUUAGAUAAUUGCAGGAUAAAUGUAAACUGAAGAAUUAGUGUGCAAACAAUAUGUUAAUAUGAAUUCACACUUUGUGGUGUCUAAAGAUCCUGUCCAGAAAUUACCAAAAGCAUUUCCCCACCCUAAUACCCCUUUCUCUCUUGUGGGUGUGUCUGUUGUUUUCAUUCUGGUCAAUUGAUUAUAUUUAUUUCAUCUUAGUCAGGCUAGGAAAUCAGUGUACUAGCAAGGCAAGUGCUUGUCCCCAGGAAAUGCUGAUGGUUGAUUAAUUUUAUAAAUGUAUAUUGUUGAUGCAAUAACUGGGGCAAACUCCUUCCUAUUGAUGUUCUAAUAGUCUUUUGAGGAGUUACUUCACUUUCUUAGCUUCUCCCCUACUUUAAACACAGACGUCUGUAUUGGGAUGCAGUGUGCUCAGCAUGAACAUCAAAAUUUUGUGAUAUAGACAUAAUCUGUCAUUACCCCCCUUCUCUAAAGUGGACUCCAAUAAUUUCUGACCUGUCUGAAGUUGUACUGGUUUUGGAAUGCCGAUGUGAGAUGGAUACAAGAUAGGCAGCUUUAUGUAUUGUUUUCAAACUGUUCUAGUAAUAUAAUUUUGAACUAGACUCAACUGAUUAAAUCUGAAACACUUUAACUUUGAAA